AAAAACGUAUCGGAAAACGCAUCGGACUUGUCUGAAAUGUCUGCAACAAAAUUCGGAAAAUCUAUAAGUGACAAGGCAUUGACAAAAGAAUCAUACAAAACCGAUUACGAAUGGAAAAUUAUUUGGCAAAAUGUCAUCAUUUUUGCCUAUACCUAUCUUGCUGGCUUUUACGGGCUAUACGUGCUUUGUUUCCAGGCUAAAUAUCAGUCGGUUAUAUGGCUUUUUGUCGUUGGUUUGGCCGCGAGCAUGGGCGUCACCGCUGGUGCUCAUAGAUUAUGGGCCCAUCGAUCUUACAAGGCAAAAUGGCCCAUGAGAUUUAUCCUAAUGAUUUUUCAGAGCAUCGCCUUUCAAGAAAGUAUUUAUAAGUGGGCCAGGGACCACCGAGUGCACCAUAAAUUUACCGACACCGACGCGGACCCGUAUAACUCGCGCAGAGGAUUCUUUUUUUCGCAUAUAGGGUGGCUUCUGAUUCGACAUCAUCCUGAUGUCGCGAGAAAAGGUGCUACAAUCGAUUGCAGUGAUCUGAUGCAAGAUCCAUUCGUGGUAUUUCAAAAAAAGUGGUACAUGUAUUUGAUGUUACUCUUCUGUUUUAUCAUACCAACGUUAGUACCAUGGUGGGCAUGGAAUGAGAGUUUGUGGUGUUCGUGGAAUCUUGUGGUCUGCAGAUAUUUGUUAAACUUGAAUUCUGCUUUUUCGGUGAAUUCCGUGGCUCACAUGUGGGGUAUGAAACCAUACGACAAAUCACUUAGUUCCGUCGACAAUGCUGGAGUUGCUAUCGUAGCGUUUGGUGAAGGCUGGCAUAACUAUCAUCACGUGUUUCCUUGGGACUACAAAACGGCUGAACUUGGAAAUUAUGCACUCAAUUGUACCACAGCUUUCAUUGACUUUUGCGCUUAUUUAGGUUUGGCUUACGACUUAAAAACCGUACCUGCUGACAUAAUAAAAAAACGCGUUCUUCGAAAUAUACCUCCUCAAUCACCCUCGCGUUCGAGAGAAACAUUUACAUCGAUAUUUGAGCCUCGUCCUCUUAAAAAUAAAACUCUGAGUGUGAAUAAUAUUCUACAAUUAUCUGUUUCGAUAACAAUAAUUGCUCCGGUAAUUGCUUUAUGGAUAAUUGUUACGAUAACUAAUUGUGUAAAAAUAUCAGUUAUCUUACAAAUAUAUAGAUAUAAAUCUUCAUUCCUGCAGUUUGAAAAGCGUAAAGCUGAUAUUUUGGAUUCUCGGCCCAGCAAUUCGAAGACAAAGAUGGCACCAAAUAUUUUAAGCACAAAUCCAAAAAUACUUACGGAGAAAGUUAUUCAAGAGGAAGACUCUUCCGCUGCUAUGAAGAUACACGAUGAAAAUGGCAUACAAAACAAAAGUGAAAUCUAUACAAAACCUGAAGGCUGGUCCAAAAUGGAACUGAAGUGGCUUAAUAUAAUAUAUUUUAGUUUUCUCCAUUUAUACUUCGUAUAUGCCUGUUUUACUUUUAAAUUUCUCGAAAAUCUGAAGACUACCGCUUGGAUAUUCGGCAUGGCUUUGAUAUCAGGGCUAGGCGUCACCGCUGGUGUUCAUCGUUUAUGGACCCACCAAGCUUACAAGGCAAAAUGGCCACUUAGAAUUAUACUUGUCGUUUUCUACGUUUCGUCUGGCAUGAAUAACCUGUAUGACUGGGUGCGAGAUCAUCGGGUACACCACAAGUAUACAGAUACAGACGCAGAUCCGCACAAUAGUAGCCGAGGAUUCUUUUUUUCCCAUGUCGGUUGGUUGAUGAUGAAGAAACAUCCGGAGGUGAUCCGAAAGGGUGGUCAGAUCGAUAUGAGCGAUAUAUUGGCCGAUCCUAUCGCCACAUUUAGUUGCAAAUAUUUCAAUAUUCUUAAAUUUAUCUUUGCUUUCCUGCUUCCGGUGAUGGUACCUGUGUAUGGAUGGAAUGAGACUUGGUAUAGAGCCUUCAUAUCGCAGAUUAUUAUUCGUUAUACUUUCGUUUUAAAUGGCACAUGGAGCGUCAACAGUGCGGCUCAUAUCUGGGGCUCAAAGCCAUACGAUUCGUACAUAAAUCCAACAGAAAAUCGAUGGGUUAGCAUUAUAACAAACGGCGAAGGAUGGCACAAUUACCAUCAUGUCUUCCCGUGGGACUACAAGGCUGCCGAGUUACAAUAUUCCAAGCUCGCAACUACAAAUUUUAUCAACUUCUUUGCGAAAAUCGGGUGGGCUUACGAUCUCAAACAACCAUCGCAGGAGCUCGUGAAGACCAUCGCGAUGAAAAAGGGUGACGGGAGUCAUCCCUUGUGGAGUGCUGUGCCGUAUCCAGCCAGUAAAAUUGAAUAAUAAAAAUGAUUAACAAUAAGAGUGGUCUCAUUUUCACGAUAAAAAGUUUCUUUGGAUCAAUUAACAGCUGUAAAUGCAAUAUGAUUAUGACAAUUUAUAUACGUUUAUCAAUAUAACAUAAACUUAUACGUUUUCGUUUUUUUAAGAAUGCAAUAAUAUUUCCUUAUAAAUUAUUUGACAAUUAAUAAACACUGCAUUUUUCAUUAUUUCUUCGAUUUAAGGUAGUUAAAAAAAAAAUGAAUACAUAUUACAAUAGCAUAUUGUAACAGUAUGUUUCGUUUAUGUCAUAAUCAAUAACUUAUCUUUAAUUAUUAUGUAACUAAUAAAAUUAAUUCAAAUAUUGAUACCUAUUUGAUUGUUGUUUGUAAUGACGAAGUAUUUGGGAUAUUAUUAUAAUACAUGAUUAUAAUUUCACCUUUGUUUAUUGCUCUCGCGUGCUUUAUUUCCUAUCGGUACAAAGAAAAAUGCUCAUAUCUUCAGUCGGACAUAAUUUGACCUUACCGGAUAAAUAUAUUUUAGUUUUGUUCUUAUGCCUAAUAAAGAAUAAGGUAUGCCACUGAA